GGAAAGAGAGGGAAAUUAGAGAAGAAGGGCGCAAACGACAGAGAGAGUGAGAGAGGAAGAGAACUCUAUAAGAUUCCAACUUUUGUUCACCGAUCUUCCCAAUGACAAACUGCGAACGGACUUUGGCUUUUCCUCUAUCCCAACUCGCCCCCCUCUGUCCUCCCCACUACUUAUUUCACUCCCUCCCUUUCCCUCUGCUAUGCUGAGCAUUUCAUCGAACACUUUCCCCUGUUUCUCCUCUCAACUCUCGGUCUCCCCUGUUUCUCCUCUCCCCUGUUUCUCCUCUCUAAUCAAUACCCAUCGCCUCGGUAAAGUUAAUGCAAUGGCAGUUGACACCGUGAAAUCAGCCCCCUCUAAGCCCAACGGGUAUAAUCACGCAGCUCUUCACAGCAAAGUCGAACAGACAGCCCAGAAAGCUGGAGCUAACCCCUUGGUGUUCGAUGCCAAGUUCCUGAGGCACGAAGCCAACAUUCCCCAGCAGUUCAUCUGGCCUGACCACGAGAAGCCAAGCGGCAAUGCCCCCGAGCUGAAAGUUCCUCUAAUCGACCUGGCCGGGUUCCUCUCCGGCGACCCUGAGGCCACCAAAGAAGCCGCGAAACUCGUCGGGGACGCCUGCAGGGAGCACGGGUUCUUUCUGGUAGCCAAUCACGGCGUGGGAAGCAAGCUGCUUUCUGAUGCCCAUAAGUAUAUGGAUGAAUUUUUCGAGCUCCCGCUCUCGGAGAAGCAAAAGGCGCAGAGGAAGCUCGGCGAGAGCGCCGGUUACGCCAGUAGUUUCACGGGGAGGUUUUCCUCCAAGCUUCCAUGGAAAGAAACGCUUUCCUUUCGGUUUACCGCCGAAAAGGACUCGGCUAAAAUCGUCCGAGACUAUCUCCUAGACAGAAUGGGCCAAGAUUUCUCGGAAUUCGGGAAUGUGUACCAAAGCUACUGCGAGUCGAUGAGCACGCUUUCUUUAAGGAUCAUGGAGCUUCUGGGAUUGAGCUUGGGAGUAAAGAAGAGAUCACAUUUCAGGGAAUUCUUCCAAGAGAACGACUCCAUAAUGAGGCUGAACUAUUACCCACCCUGCCAAAAACCUGACGCCACAUUAGGAACAGGGCCUCAUUGCGACCCGACGUCGUUAACAAUCCUCCACCAGGACCAAGUGGGUGGGCUGCAAGUUUUUGUGGACAACGAGUGGCGCUCCAUCACCCCCAAUUCCGAUGCCUUUGUCGUCAACAUUGGCGACACCUUCAUGGCGCUAUCGAACGGACAAUUCAAGAGCUGCUUGCACAGAGCGGUGGUGAACAGCACGACCACAAGGAAGUCACUGGCCUUCUUUUUGUGCCCAAAGAGCGACAAGAUCGUGACGCCGCCAGAGGAACUGGUGGACGAGAGCAACCCCAGGGUCUACCCGGAUUUCACAUGGCCGACUCUGCUGGAGUUUACCCAGAAACAUUAUAGAGCCGACAUGAAUACCCUCGAUGUCUUCAGAAAUUGGCUUCUUCAGCAGCAGCAGCCGCCGCCGCCGGCGGUUUGACUGACCUGGGAUCGUCGGGAAGGAAGGACGCUGCCACCCAAAAAAAAAAAGGCGUUAGUUUAAGAUUAGAAGACAAGAAGGGACAAGUUUGGUACAGUUAGGGGUUAAUCAGUAAGAAGUGAAAAAAAGGAUGGCCAGUUUUUAUGUUAAUAGGGUCUGUGACUUUGCUUAGCAUUUUGAUCGUGGACACGCAGAUGGGGCAACUCCUUGGCCUUGGGGUGGGAAAUAAAGGUGGAAAGAAGUUAAAGGGGUAAAAGGGAACACAGAGAAAUAAAUAAGGACUUGGGCAGAUAAUUUUUUUGUACUUUCUUUUUCUGUUUCUUUUUUGUUAAAUUCAUCAUAAUACAGGAAAAGAUUUAUUAGUAUUUUUCGAGGC